UCGUCUCUCGCUCCCUCUCUCGCUGGCUCUCCAGCGCGCUCUCUAGCUCGCUCUCAUUUUUUUUUUUUCCUGCUGCUGUUGCCGCUGCCGCGGCGCCGCCAGGCGCCCGUACCUCGGCCGGCUGCGCUCGCUGGUCGCUCCCGCUCCGCUCCCUUCCUAGCCCGGAGCUCUCGGCCAGACCCAGCUCCCCUUGCCGCCUCUCCCGCUCCUUCCGGCUCGGAUGCCGGGCCCCGCCGCAGCAGGAGCAGGGGUUGCCGCCGAUCCCCCUCUCGCUUGCUCGCUUGCCGGAGCAGCAGCCGAACGCCGCGCGCUUGGCGGCGGCUCCGGCCGGGCGGCCGCCAGCUCAUCCCUGCUGCGUCCGGGACUCCGGGCGGCUCCGCGGCGCGCUCGGUCCGCAGCGUCAGCGCCGCCCGCCGCGGCCCGGGCUGUGGGCACCGCGAGAACCGUGCCUCCGGCCGUCGCCUGCCUGCGCCCCCGGGGCAGGCGGGCACGCAGCGGACCCCUCGCCGCGGCUUAAACCUUGCUGGCGCGCGGUUGGUAGGAGAGAAUUGGAGCUGUUUUCUCCUUGAUGCCAAGAUACGCCAAGCUAGGAGCACUCUGCCCUUUCCACAGUCAUCCACUGAGAACAGGCCUGCAGGAGGGGACAAGGAUCAGAGCCUUCCUGCAACCCCGGCCACUGCCUGCUGUCUGUGGGCCUGGACUGUGCGGGCAACUGCGCUUGGCCCGAGUGACGAGGAGGUGGGAGAGGGUAGCAGCAUGGGUUACACGGUUGGCUGCCCUCAGUCCCCCUGCUGCUGAAGCUGCCCUGCCCAUGCCCACCCAGGCCGUGGGGCCAGGGGCCUGCCAGGGCUAGGAGUGGGCCUGCCGUUCAUGGGUCUCUAGGGAUUUCCGAGAUGCCUGGGAAGAGAGGCUUGGGCUGGUGGUGGGCCCGGCUGCCCCUUUGCCUGCUCCUCAGCCUUUACGGCCCCUGGAUGCCUUCCUCCCUGGGGAAGCCCAAAGGCCACCCUCACAUGAAUUCCAUCCGCAUAGAUGGGGACAUCACACUGGGAGGCCUGUUCCCGGUGCACGGCCGGGGCUCAGAGGGCAAGGCUUGUGGAGAACUUAAGAAAGAAAAGGGCAUCCACCGACUGGAGGCCAUGCUCUUCGCCCUGGAUCGCAUCAACAACGACCCGGAUCUGCUGCCCAACAUCACCCUGGGCGCCCGCAUUCUGGACACCUGCUCCAGGGACACCCAUGCCCUCGAGCAGUCGCUGACCUUUGUGCAGGCGCUCAUCGAGAAGGAUGGCACGGAGGUCCGUUGUGGCAGUGGCGGCCCACCCAUCAUCACCAAGCCUGAACGUGUGGUGGGUGUCAUCGGUGCUUCAGGGAGCUCGGUCUCCAUCAUGGUGGCCAACAUCCUUCGCCUCUUCAAGUGCCUGACAUGUCCCAGUCUUUCACCAUGGUGCCUGCGGACAGAUGAGGAGACUAAGGCUCACAAAGGAGGUGACUUGCCCAAGGUCACACAGCGAGGCAGCUUCUCACCUCUGGGAGUUGGACUUUCAGCCCUCCUUGGAAAAGGGGGCGUGGCUGUGCCCCUUGGGGCUCCUCGCUGGGCCUCUGCCCUGCCUGCCUGGGCUCCUCCCAGCCUCCCCCACGGAUCACUGUUGACAAGGUUACCGAGUCAGCAUGUAAAACCUGCAAAAAUACCCCAGAUCAGCUACGCCUCCACAGCGCCAGACCUGAGUGACAACAGCCGCUACGACUUCUUCUCCCGUGUGGUGCCCUCGGACACGUACCAGGCCCAGGCCAUGGUGGACAUCGUCCGUGCCCUCAAGUGGAACUACGUGUCCACGGUGGCCUCGGAGGGCAGCUAUGGCGAGAGCGGUGUGGAGGCCUUCAUCCAGAAGUCCCGUGAGGACGGGGGCGUGUGCAUCGCCCAGUCGGUGAAGAUACCACGGGAGCCCAAGGCAGGCGAGUUCGACAAGAUCAUCCGCCGCCUCCUGGAGACUUCGAACGCCCGGGCAGUCAUCAUCUUCGCCAACGAGGAUGACAUCAGGCGUGUGCUGGAGGCAGCACGAAGAGCCAACCAGACAGGCCAUUUCUUCUGGAUGGGCUCUGACAGCUGGGGCUCCAAGAUUGCACCUGUGCUGCACCUGGAGGAGGUGGCUGAGGGCGCUGUCACGAUCCUCCCCAAGAGGAUGUCUGUACGAGGCUUCGACCGCUACUUCUCCAGCCGCACGCUGGACAACAACCGGCGCAACAUCUGGUUUGCCGAGUUCUGGGAGGACAACUUCCACUGCAAGCUGAGCCGCCACGCCCUCAAGAAGGGCAGCCACGUCAAGAAGUGCACCAACCGUGAGCGAAUUGGGCAGGAUUCAGCUUAUGAGCAGGAGGGGAAGGUGCAGUUUGUGAUCGAUGCCGUGUAUGCCAUGGGCCACGCGCUGCACGCCAUGCACCGUGACCUAUGUCCCGGCCGCGUGGGGCUCUGCCCACGCAUGGACCCUGUAGAUGGCACCCAGCUGCUUAAGUACAUCCGAAACGUCAACUUCUCAGGCAUCGCAGGGAACCCUGUGACCUUCAAUGAGAAUGGAGAUGCGCCUGGGCGCUAUGACAUCUACCAAUACCAGCUGCGCAACGACUCCGCCGAGUACAAGGUCAUUGGCUCCUGGACUGAUCACCUGCACCUUAGAAUAGAGCGGAUGCACUGGCCGGGGAGCGGGCAGCAGCUGCCCCGCUCCAUCUGCAGCCUGCCCUGCCAGCCGGGUGAGCGGAAGAAGACAGUGAAGGGCAUGCCUUGCUGCUGGCACUGCGAGCCUUGCACAGGGUACCAGUACCAGGUGGACCGCUACACCUGCAAGACAUGUCCCUACGACAUGCGGCCAACGGAGAACCGCACGGGCUGCCGGCCCAUCCCCAUCAUCAAGCUGGAGUGGGACUCGCCCUGGGCCGUGCUGCCCCUCUUCCUGGCCGUGGUGGGCAUCGCUGCCACGUUGUUCGUGGUGAUCACCUUUGUGCGCUACAACGACACGCCCAUCGUCAAGGCCUCGGGCCGUGAACUGAGCUAUGUGCUGCUGGCAGGCAUCUUCCUGUGCUACGCCACCACCUUCCUCAUGAUCGCUGAGCCCGACCUUGGCACCUGCUCGCUGCGCCGAAUCUUCCUGGGACUAGGGAUGAGCAUCAGCUACGCGGCCCUGCUCACGAAGACCAACCGCAUCUACCGCAUCUUUGAGCAGGGCAAGCGCUCGGUCAGUGCCCCACGCUUCAUCAGCCCCGCCUCGCAGCUGGCCAUCACCUUCAGCCUCAUCUCGCUGCAGCUGCUGGGCAUCUGUGUGUGGUUUGUGGUGGACCCCUCCCACUCGGUGGUGGACUUCCAGGACCAGCGGACGCUCGACCCCCGCUUCGCCAGGGGUGUGCUCAAGUGUGACAUCUCGGACCUGUCGCUCAUCUGCCUGCUGGGCUACAGCAUGCUACUCAUGGUCACGUGCACCGUGUAUGCCAUCAAGACACGCGGCGUGCCCGAGACCUUCAACGAGGCCAAGCCCAUUGGCUUCACCAUGUACACUACCUGCAUCGUCUGGCUGGCCUUCAUCCCCAUCUUCUUUGGCACCUCGCAGUCGGCUGACAAGCUGUACAUUCAGACGACGACGCUGACGGUCUCGGUGAGUCUGAGCGCCUCGGUGUCCCUGGGAAUGCUCUACAUGCCCAAGGUCUAUAUCAUCCUCUUCCACCCGGAGCAGAACGUGCCCAAGCGCAAGCGCAGCCUCAAAGCCGUCGUUACGGCGGCCACCAUGUCCAACAAGUUCACGCAGAAGGGCAACUUCCGGCCCAACGGAGAGGCCAAGUCUGAGCUCUGCGAGAACCUCGAGGCCCCAGCACCUGCCAUCCCAGGCCACCUCCUGGAUGCUGCCCCAUCUAAACUGACCUGUCCUGUGGUCCCUCUGCCCUCUUGGCCAUCCAGCACCCUGGAAGGACAUGGGUCAUUUCAGAGAUGAAGGUGGGAAUUCUUCAUGAGCUAUAAGGUGCCAUGCUGUGUUCUUAUUCCUUUUUUUGGAUGUUGUGGCACCAUUUUCUUCCAUUGGCACCUGUCCAGGUAGCACAUAAACCUUGAAACUUGCCCACCACCAUCCGGCUAAGUGAUUCUUCAUCAUUUGCUUGAAUUUUUCUGUUGACAGGGAGCUCAUAGGCCACUGACUCCACCCAACUCUGGCCCAGAGAAAGUUCUUCCUUUAACUGAGCUGGACUCUGACCUUCAUGCCCCCCUACUGGUCCCAUGGUGGACCCCUCUGCUCACCCCAUCCCCAAGCAGUUUACUUCUUCCACAUGUGAUAGACUGAUAGUUGGACACCGAACUUCUGCCUGUGUUAGUGGGCUUCCAGUUACACUGCUGUGACAAAGAGGUCCCAGAACUGAGCAGCUCAAAUCAGACAGAUGUUUGUUUCUCUCUGCCGUAAUAGGACAUGGUGGGUGGGUAGGAGUGGGGACCCAGGAUCCUUUCAUCUUGUUGCUCCAUCGGCUCCCUAAAGAUUGAGGCUAGAUGAUCUCAAUGGUUGUUCUGCUCAUGGAAGGGAAAAGAGAAGACACAUGGGGGAAAGACCCAUUUUAAUUGAAUGACAUGGGAGCUGCACACAGUCCUUCCAUGUGUAUUUCAUGAGGAAGAAUGCAGUCAGGUAAGGCCUCACCUAGCUGCAAGGGAGGCUGGGAAACCUAGUCCUUCAGAGUCAUGUGCCCAGUGAAAUAGGGGAGAGAGGAUUGGGGGGACAAUUUGUAGACCACCACACUUGUCCCCCAGUUUCCUCUUCUCCAGAUGCCCCUGGCUGAGUCUGGCAGAUGUGCCUCCUUUUUGAGCCAACAGAUCCUGACCGAGGGUCAGGGCAGCUUUUAGACAAAGGGCAGCUGGUUUCUCCCACCCACUGCUUCUCUCCACACUCGCAGACCAGCCCCUGCCCCAGGCAGCAAUACUGCCCUGAUUACCACCACUGAGGCAGCUCCCAGGCCACUGAGGGAGGCCGUAAACCCUGGCUGGACAGGACAAAACCAAGGGUCUGGCCAGGCCCCUCACCCCUCUGGCCUCAGUUCCUCAUCUGUCAAGUUGGGUGAUGCUUCAUUGGCUGCCUCACUAGGCUGCUGUGGGGUCUGCACUCUGGAGGGGUGGGGGAUACUCACACUGCUCAUGGGAGCUGCUGGCAUCACUCAGCUGUGGACAGGAAUGGGAGAUACCCCGAUGUACCACCCCAGUCCUGGUGUGGAGUAAGGGCCAGAGGGACGGGGCCAGAUAAGGGGGGGCUCAAGACUGAGGGAGACAGGGGCACCAAGAAGUAGAAAGGGUAGAUGCUCAGAGGGCCCUGGGGAUCUGGGGGACUUGUGUUUCCUUGGGUGUAGGGCGGAAGGCUGAGUCAAUCGCAUGCCUCAGUUUCUAGCCAUGCAUGGCCCCGCUCUGGUUUUCAUUAUUUAUUUCCUCUGUCCCUGUUCCCCACUCUCUUCCCUUAGGCCACCGUUCUAGUUUAAUGUAUAUUCCUUACAUGUGCGCAUCCAAAAUGCAUGUGGUUGAACUUCUGAAAGACUUCCCUUUGAUAAUAUUUUAAGGUUAUAUGAUGUCAUAAAAAAAGAUUUCUUUUGAAGUGUGGUAGAAUUAGGAGGUGGCAGGGGCCCCGUGCUGGGGAGCCCCUCACACAGGAGUGGGGUUUGGGAAGGAGUGCUAGAGGAAGGAGUCAUCUCUAGAGUACAAAGGGAAGAGGAAAGGCAUUCCAGGCAAGCAGCCCAGCCCAGCAAAGGCGUGGAGGUGCGAAACAUGGGCCCAGUCCCUGGAUGGGGAGCUGAGAAUAGCAGGAGAAGCAACCGGAUGGGCCAGGCGGGGCUGGUGCAGUUUGGGGCAAUGUUGAUUGCUCAGCUCAGGACUGGAUGCCAUGAGAGGUGGGGAGCUAUGGUAGGUUCUUGUGUAGGACUGUGCCCGUGUGGAAGGACAGUUUGAGAAAAGCAGCCCCUGACUCCUGGGUACCCCUGGUCUCUCUCC